AUGCUGUGGGCUCCAAGGGAAUGGUCUGCCCCGGACGUGGCACACAGGGGGGAAACUUUUGAAUGCUCAGAGUGUGGAAAGGGUUUCAGUUGGAGUGGCAGUCUUCAGAAGCAUCUAAGAACCCACACAGGGGAGAAACCUUUUGAAUGUUCAGACUGUGGAAAGAGAUUCAGUCGCAAUGGCAAUCUUCAGUCUCAUCAAAGAACCCACACAGGGGAGAAACCUUUUGAAUGCUCACAGUGUGAAAAGACAUUCAGUCAGAAUAGCCGUCUUGAACAGCCUCAAAGAUUCCAGAAAGGGGAGAAGCCUUUUGAAUGCCCAGUGUUAAAAAUGGAAAAUAACCCCCAUGAAUGGGGGCAGUUCAAAAAGCAAACAAACUAUACCUGCACUCAAGAGAAGCUCUCGUGGCCUGGCAAAGCAACCCUAACGAAGUAG